AUGAUAAUAGAAAAUACAAUCACAAUUGGUAAUCAAACACCAGACAUAACAUUUAAAUGUAUUGAAACAAAUGAAACAAUUUAUAAUAAUAUAAGUAAUAUGAAAUAUAAAACUGUGUUUGUUGUACCUGUAAUUCAAAGUAUUACUGAUGUUGUUAUUACUGAUGUUCCAUUUAGACAUGGGAUUAUUACAUUCAUUGAAACAGAUAAAUACGUUGUAUUAAAUGUAUUUCAGAAUCACUAA